CCCGAGGACAGAAAGACGAGAACCUCUUCCGGCUGCGAAACAUGGCAGCGUCCUUUGGAAGGACUCUAUUUGGGGCGGGACCAUAUGGCAUUUCCGCCGGGUGCCGCUGUUCUGCUAACCCCAGACGCGGGCUCCGGGAUGGGGUCAGCCGGCCUGGCGCGGCUGCAUGGGCUCUUUGCCGCCUACAAGCCCCCGGGGCUAAAAUGGAAGCAUCUGCGGGAUACGGUGGAGCUGCAGCUUUUGAAAGGUCUCAAUGCUGGGAAGCCUCCUGCUCCUGAACAGCGUGUUCGCUUCCUGCUGGGUCCGGUGGAAGGCAGUGAAGAGAAGGAGCUGACCCUCACAGCCACCACUGUGCCCUCCCUCAUCGACCAUCCUCUGGUACGUGGACCAGCAUUCACCAGCCUGAAGGUUGGCGUGGGACACCGACUGGAUGCCCAGGCGUCUGGGGUGCUGGUGCUCGGCGUGGGACACGGACGCAGGCUCCUCACAGACAUGUACAACGCCCACCUCACCAAGGAUUACACCGUGCGUGGCCUCCUGGGCAAGGCCACAGAUGACUUCUGUGAGGAUGGGCGGCUGGUGGAGAAGACGACUUUUGACCACGUGACCAGAGAGAAGCUGGACCGCAUCCUGGCCCUGAUCCAGGGUUCCCAUCAGAAGGCCCUGGUGAUGUACUCCAACCUCGACCUGCAGACCCAGGAGGCCUAUGAGAUGGCCGUGAGCGGCGUGAUCCGGCCCAUGAACAAGUCCCCGAUGCUAAUCACCGGCAUCCGAUGCCUCCAGUUUGCACCCCCGGAAUUCCUCUUGGAGGUGCAGUGCAUGCAUGAGACACAGAAGCAGCUGCGGAGGCUGGUGCAUGAAAUUGGCCUGGAGUUGAAGAGCUCCGCUGUCUGCACCCAGGUGCGGCGGACACGCGAUGGCUUCUUCACCCUGGACGACGCCCUCCUGAGGACCCAGUGGGACCUACACAGCAUCCAGGAUGCCAUCCAGGCCGCAGCGCCCCGGGUGGCAGCAGAGUUGGAGAAGAGCUUGAGGCCGGGGCUGGCUACCCAGCUGCUCCCUGGUCCAGGCCGGUCCUGGGACUCCGAGAGGCCAAGCCCCCCCUUGGGACUGGACGGCCAUGUGGGGCAUUGAAUGGCCGGGCACUGGUGGAGCCGUGGGUAUAUAAAGAUAAGAAGUGUUCCGCAUUCGCUUGGCGACUCAGCAGUAAUGAACCUGACUUGUCUCUAUGAGGACACGGGUUCAAUCCCUGGCCUCACUCAGUGGGUUAAGUAUCCAGUGUUGCCAUGAGCUGUGGUGUAUGUCGCGCAGAUGCAGCUUGGAUCUGCCAUUGCUGUGGCUGCAGUGUAGACCGGUGGCUGUGAUGUAGACGGCAGCUAUAUCUCCAUUUUGACCCCUAGCCCAGGAACUUCCAUAUGCUGAUGGUGCGGCCCUAAAAAGA